AUGUCAUCCAUCUUUCCUUCCUGCCUCUCCUUACCGAUACGGCGAUUACCAAGCGUUCUCAGAAACACCACGUUCACUGCUGCUGCCAACGACAACGACGACGACAACGAGGGGCACGAUUCGGGACUGGACGAAGUGGAAGAAUCGGAAGUCUGUAUCUUACCAGAUUUGGGAGCCUUGCGAUUUUGGUCACAUCCUCAUCGAUCACUUGACCUCACUAUGGAUCGACAACAGGGAGUUGUUUGGAAACGCCGUGAUGUCUUUAAAAAUCGCUGGCGACCUCGCUGGUUUGUGUUGCAGCCUGGCCAGGGAGUCCUGACCUACUAUCUCUUGACGGCACCCGUUUCGACCGCCAUCAACUCCAUUGCUCUACCCUUGAUUCCUGACGUCUCAUCCGCUGACAAUGACCACUACAGAGGUACUCGAAAUGUUGCUACUUCUGCUUCUCUACAACCAACUUUGCGCAAUGGUGGAGGUUCCAAUGCCCGGGAUCGGGUGACUUCUUGGGAUUCGGCCGUCUCCGAAAAUACGCUGGAUUACGAUGUAGUACCUCGCGGGACUAUUUAUCUACUCGGCUGUACCGUGGAUGUGAAUGAUGCACUUAGCAGACCCCGUGAUAAUCUUUUCGCCUUUACGAUCAUUCCGCCAACUUCAAUGGAGAACAAAAUUCAUUUGGCGGUCCGUACGGCCGAAGGACGCUCGGCUUGGAUAAACAAACUCGCUAGGGUGGCGCGGGUUGGAUCCCCGCCGCUCAUCCGAUCCAUUUCCAUUCCGGAGGAGCCAGAUCAUUCUUUCGAGCAUGAAGAUGACGAACACCGUCUCCUUGACAGAGAGAAUGAUUUACGUGAAGUAGAUUCAACUACUGAUACAGUCUGGAAGAGUGUAGGAAGCCGUGAAUCGCUGUAUAAAGAAUUGCCGGAUGCGCUGGCAAACGAAAUUGAGGAAAAGCUAGCACAGUUCUUGCCCAUUUGCGAUCAGGGACCCACCGUUGGUUGGAAGUUGAUUUUUGAGCGGGAUGAGGAUGCCGCGUAUCGAAAAGAGGAUCCGAACAGUGGGCAGACUAUGAUCAAAAGCAUCGCGUUGUUAGAGCAUCCUCCGAAACAAAUCUUGGAUAUCUUGCUUGACAUUCAACGUCGUACCAAUUUCGAAUCCACUUUUCGUACUGGGGAGCGCUUACGGACUCUUAAUGCGCACACUUUUUUGGAUUUUUACGCGUACAACGCUAUCUGGCCCACAGCAGCGCGAGAGUUUGCCAUUGCGAUGCACUGGCAGGUAGUAGGCCGCGAUGAUGAAAGGGCGAUUUGCAUCAUAGGGUUUUCGUGCCCCGAUGCAGAAAGCGUUAAACCUGUGGAGCCUCAUCAUGUUCGAGGCCGCUUGAUUAUAUCGAUGUAUCUACUGCGGCCGGUUGGGGAAGGGCAGUGUCACUUAACACGGCUCCUGUCGUUUGAUCCAAUGGGUGGAAUUAAUAAACAUUUGGCCCGAAUCGUUUUGCAGCAGCAAGCGGGACUCCCUGCUGUACUCGGAAAGUUUCUGGAUCGCCACAGGUCUGUUGUGCCUUUCAGACUUACCGGACGCCUAAGGGACGACGAUCUAAUUCGAGAUGUUGUGGAGCACUUGCCCAAACCAAACUCGACGGACGCCGUUCGUGGAACGCUCGACUGUACAACCAACCAUUCGCUUGUUCUUGCCGGUUCGGAGACGUCGAGAGACGGUAUAAAAGUGGACAAUGAUGACCAUUUGCCCGUACGGGGUAGGCAGGCUGCGAUUUUGAUUGCUCCUCUUCUUUUGUAUAAAGUAUGCAUUCUCAUGGGGUCUUCGUGGUCGUUCCCUCUGUUUUGCCUUGGUGUAUUUCUUGCUGUAAGGCAAGUCGCUAUACAGCACUUGGGUAAAGUGCUCCCGCAUAUCCCGCUUGAGACUCAAAUUGCUGGGCCCGUUACAUGCCGUUUCUCCGUGAAUUUGAAGGGAAUUCUGCGUUUCAUCGCGAACAAGAAAGAGGAACGAACAGAUCUUCGAAGAGGUACUUCCGAUGUGUCCGUAGUGCAUCUUGUUGUAGCGGCUAUAUCCCGUGCUCUGAGAAAAGAACCGUCUUUGCGGUCUAAAACUUGUACGAUACCAUGGCUACUGAUUGACGAACGUGUAGACCAAUCACGUGAGUCUGUGAGAGUUUCCGUUUCGGAAAAUGCAGACGGCGUGGUAACGCUUGAGAACGUGGACAAUCUCUCCGUUCAAGAAAUAGCUGAUGAAGUGAAAAAAUUGGAUAGCUGGCGCGACGAGGCCCAAAACAUUGGCGAGUGCCUCGUUCUUGCCACGCCGGACUUUGAUAGUAGUAACAUGGAAAUUGACGUUACUUCGGGCUGCUCUGAAGUUACGGUUGUUGCUGUUAUCGGUGGAGUUCAUUUGGAGCGUUGCAGCCAGAAGGGACGCCGAGCAAACGAUGAAAGACCCAGACCCAUGCUAUCACUUUCUUUAACAAUAUCUGCACCCUAUCAAACACAAAUAGUUGCUGCGCGGCGCUUCGCGGAAGAAGUACAAAAGCUACUCCAGUUUCCGGAAAUGUGUGACAAUUGA